AUGGCAAACGCACUGCUGCUGCGUGAGGGCGCAAAGACCGACAAGCUCCUGCCGUACGAGGCCAACUCCGAGGAAGAGUUUCGCGCAUACCUGCUGCCCGGCAUCGAGCAUCUGCGCGACCUUGUUCUCAAUGAUGGCCCUCUCGACGAGAUCCGGGACUGCGUCCACUUUCUCAAGAGGGCAUGUGAUGUCAUGAUCCAGAUGCCACUGAGCACAAAGGAGAUGGCGGACGUGCUGCUGUUCCUGUGGGAGCUCGUACUGUGCCGUCCCCCAGAUCGCUUCUUCUGCAACGAGCCCCUCCUCGCACUCCAUGCCUGGCUCAGGCGGGCGGCGUGCAUGCUUGAGCCCGGUGACGUGCAGCUGCCAUGGCGACCAGCGUACAAGGUCUGGAAGCUCGUCAAGUGGGUGCCAUCCCGCCUCAGUGGCAACCUUGUCAACACGGCCGUGCUUGAGCAGGUGAUCACCUAUGCCAACCGCUUCUUCACGCCCGGGUCCGAUGCAGAGGUUAUGGCUGAGCUGAGGCCUUACCUCUGCGGCACAGACACGAGCCUCGAAUACGCAUGCACCACCCUCUUCUUCUUCAUGCCCAGCAGACCACAUGCGUGGUAUGCGGCUGGGGUGGACUGCGUGCCGUGGCGGCAUGAGAUGGCGCAGGUGUGGGAGCACGCGCGGCGGCACAUAUCGUCCAAGUCAGCAUGCAUGGCGACGCUGGCGCGGGCCAUCCGCAUUGGCAUUGGGCGCGUCGACCUCGCUGACAUGCGGCCAGUCAUCUUCAAACAGGUGCUGCGGUACGUGCGGCUGAACCCGAACGAGCCCCCCGGCCGCGACCAAAGCCCAAUGUUCCACCUGAGCGAGAGCCGCGCCUUCGUCUGGCUCUGCCUCCCGAACGACGACGAAUUCUGGGCGUUUGUGGAUGAUCUUGUGCAUGUGCUUGAGCCUGAGCUGCACCCGUCCAACGCGGGCCACCAGCAGCAGCUGUGCGCAAAUUUCGUCUCCGCCGUCAUUCAGGGCUUCCUCGCCCGCCGCGAAUCUGAGAUGGACCCCCGCACCACCAUCCCGGAGCACGCCAGGACCCCGUAA